ACCAGUGGUUUCCACCAGGGGUUUGGGCGCAAAAACUCCUCCGCGACAUUUAGGUCAAGACAUUCGGAUCUACAAUAAGAAGACUUCAGUAGAUUAAGACCUUCAAAUGUUAAAAGCAGGUUAAUCGACAUUCUCCGUUUUUAUAUCUAUGCUGUAAAUGCAUUCUUAUAAUUUCGCAUGCUGGGAGACAGUGAAACAGACGACUUUCCCGAAGAAACGCUCGUGAGACAUGGACCAUGACGCAAUUCGUGCUCAGUUUGUGGACGCUCACUGGGCGACACUCGUUCAAAGGGUGGACAAAGCGGUGAUGCCAAUAGCAGAUGAGCUUUGGUCAAAUGAAAUGCUGGGAUGGGAGUCAUACUGUGAGAUCAAAGCAGCAGAUACCAACCAGAAGAGAAUGAGGGUGUUACAUGGAGUCUUGCAUUCUGGAGGAAAUGCAGUUAAAUCUGACUUUUAUUCUGGACUGGAAAAGCAUGCAUCGUUUCUGCUUAGAGAUCUGAGUACCAACCCACCAACUGCUGUAGAUCCUGAUGCUGUAGCAAAGAGUUUAGAUGGAUAUAAAAUGUGGAUCCAGAGGGAAUAUGAGUUUGUGACAGAGUAUAACUCACUGCCUGGUGAACAUGUGCUGCUGUCUGAGCGCUACAUACAGCCUCUGAUCAUAAUGAGACACAGAGAGAAGAAAGAGAGAACGGAAGAGUUGUGCUUUAUGGGAGAAAGUUUCCAACAGUUGAUAAGCUCAGAGAAUAAUGCAGAGAAAGAAAACAAUGUCCUGGAUGCUCUUUUCAGUGCAGAUAGUAAGGGAAUAUGUCCUGGUGCUGUCAUUCUUCAGGGGAACUCUGGGAAAGGCAAAUCCGUCACUGCACAAAAGAUCAUGUUGGACUGGGCAUCUGGAAGUCUCAGCAGAGAAAACUAUGAUUGUGUUUUUCACUUGAAAUGCAAAGAACUGAACCAGAUUUCUGAAGAGCAGAGUUUGGUGGAGAUCUUGAGCAUCAAUUCUAAUUUAACACCAGAUCAGAUCUUGCAGAUCCUGCAGAUGUCACCAAAGAGAGUGCUGGUCCUCAUCGAUGGAUUUGAUGAACUCAUAGUUUCAUUUGGCGACGCAUCAAAUAAGUUAACAGCAAACGAUGUGUAUAAAAAAGCUCCACCUGAGGCUUCUCUGACGGCCCUGUUGAAGGGUUGCCUUUUGCCCGAAUCUUUCCUGCUGGUCACGACCAGAUCUACAGCUACAGACACUUUGGGCGGUCUGCUUAAGAAACCUCAGCGUUUUACUGAGAUUAUAGGUUUCUCUGAGAGGGAGGUGGAGGAGUACUUCCAGAAGUUCUUUCAGGAUGAGGAGCUCUUCAGGAACGCUUAUGAGUCUGUGAAGGCAAAUGAAACCCUGUUUACUGCCUGUUCCAGUCCUGUUAUCUGCUGGAUCAUCUGCACAGUUAUCAGAGAAAGAUUCAAUGAUGGUACAGAUGUAACAAGCGGUCUGGAAACAACCACAUCCAUAUAUGUUGACUUUGUGUUCACUCUACUGGAGCAUCACUGUCAGGGUUUGAGUGAGUCUGUCCCGACCCUGCUGAAGAGUCUGGGUCAGCUGGCAGAGAGAGGGAUGAUGGAACGACAAGUUCUGUUUGACGAAAAAAGUGCGAAGAAGACAGUUUCAGAUCCAUCUGGCAGUCCAUUCCUGGGCAAGUUCCUCUUUAAAAAAAGAACCCGACAGGAGACGAUGUUCAGCUUCAUGCAUCUCAGCUUUCAGGAGUUUUUUACCGCUCUGUACUACAUCUCACUGGAUGAAAAAGAGUUUCUUAGUAAACUAACAGAGCGGUUCCACUCUCACUGGCAAAGCUACGGUGUGCAGUAUUUGGAUAAGAAUUGUCCACUCAAGUAUGGAUGCCCUGAACUUCAUUUCCUUCCUGUGGUUCAGUUUCUCUGUGGUCUGUGUAAUAAAGAAGUGAGUGACUCGCUCAAGGAAACACACAACGUAUCUGUCCCACCUUCUGUACAAGCACAGUUGGAAGAAUGGAUCCUCUUUAUUAGCUCAAAUAGAGACUAUAACUUAUUACCCUUUGUUCUCCUCUGCCUGUAUGAGCUUCAUGAGAAGGACUUUGUGCAGAAAGCUGUUGAAGCUUGGCAGGAGAUGGACAUGUCAUGGGAUAGUCUGAACAGGACUGACUGCUGGGCGUUGGUGUAUUGCCUGGAGUGUUGUCCUAAGUUCAGAAGCCUGAAUCUUAAUUUUGCAGCAGAAGAGUUGAAGAUGCUUCAGUCUGUGCUGUGCAGGACUCCAGAACUAGAGUUGACAUUGCAAAACCUUACAGACACACAUGUUACUGAUCUGAUUUCAGCUCUUGGAGAAGGAAAGCGACUGGGAGAGUUGCGACUGAACAGCAGCGGUCUGUCAGAUGAAAGCAUGAAGCGGAUUCUUCAUGCUCUACACAAACAGAAGACUGUGGGUGGACUUCAGAUUGCAGUGAAGAACAUCACAGCUGACACCGCCCUCAUCCUGACAGACUUCAUACAGAACACAGAGAAAUGGGAGGAGAUCAGUUUAAGGGUGAGCGCUGGAUGCAAUGAUGCAGAGAGUCUCUGCUCAUCUCUCCGACUCUUUAACACAGAUGGAAACCUUGUGUUGAAUGUGUUGAGGUGGUGUUCAAGCCCACAGAAUGUACCAUCACUUUCAGAAAUCAUUCUGCAAUAUCCACGCUCCGAGAUGUCCAGUAUUAAUCUGAAGAACUUCUUACAGGCCUUCCAUGACAUAAACUGUUUAACGGAAGAGAGGGCAGGUUUUGAUCAACAGGUGGAUUCUCUGUUGUCUCAUCUCUCCUCUGUGUCUGGGUUGAAUGCGAUAAAUCUUUCUGCUCCACUCCUGACUGAGAAAUGGGCGUCCAGAAUCCUUUUCCUCAUCCAGUCCUGCAAAAGUCUGAAAGGGCUUAGUUUUAAUGCUGGUUCAUGGAGCUCUGAUGAUGUGACGUGGCUUCCGGGUCGUUUACCGGAGGAGGGACUGAGGUUACUGAAGGAGUCCCCUAAACAUCCUCAAUGUACUCUAAACAUUAAAGGGUUUAGAUGCGGUAAAUCCACAGACGGCUGCACUCAUCAGACUGAGCAGUUUGAAGAACUUGACUGCAACCAGAGAGUGACUAUUAUAUUCAGUGGGGAGAAUUAUACAGAAGAAAUUUCUCCCCAGAUUAAACUGUGUGACAUUUUGGGAUGAACCAACCCAAUUUUAAUUCAAAUGGAAGACACAAAAAUAAGAUACGAAACAGAAGAGGAAAAGGAGUUGGGGAUU